AUGAAGGUGUAUUCGGAUCCGCAACAAGCGUCCACGUCACAAGCGACUCUCGAUACCACCAAAGGCCACCAUAGGAGGGCCUCGUCCCUAUGGGUACCCCCGUCGAGGCCUAUAUUCUCGAGCCCAACGCAAGUGAUUCGCGAGAAGGCGGAGACGGGUGGACGAAUUCUAAAGCGACACCGAUGGACGCGGUGGCUUUUUGGGAAGGAUAACGUACUUCCGGCAUAUCGCAUUGUUACUCCCAACAAUCAGUCGGAACCUCCGCCAAGAUACGAACACCCAAAUCGAAAGUAUGCAGACAACAGGAUCAGUACAACAAAAUACAGCAUACUAACGUUUUUGCCAAGAAAUCUGCUAGAACAAUUACAUCGAGCGGCGAAUUUAUACUUCAUAUUCAUCGUCGUAUUGAAUAUGAUUAUUGGAGCUUUUGGAAAAUACAUAUCGUUAAUGCCGAUAUCGUUUGUGCUUGGUGUCACUGCCAUAAAAGACGCUUUCGAGGAUUAUCGACGCUACAAAUCCGAUCAAAAAAUCAACCAUUCGACGUGUCGUGUUUGGGACUCGAGCCAGGGAAGGUACCGUAAGCUCGAAUGGAAACACAUACUUGUUGGCGAUUUUGUUCAUCUUUCUCACGACGAAAUUAUCCCCGCAGAUAUGCUGCUGCUGCGAAGUAGUGACGCUAACGGAGUGUGUUACGUCGACACUUGUAACCUAGACGGAGAAAGCAAUUUAAAGCAACGACAAGCCAUACGAGCGAUGGGGAAGUUCCACAAUCCCACCGUGCCUCUAAAUUUCUCGCCGGACCAGUUUAAGUACAAAAUUUGUUGCGAAGAGCCCACCACUGAUGUCUACAAAUUCGAAGGGCGACUGGAAACAGUAGAAGGAGGUCCUCCACUUCCACGAGAAUUCACAAUUUUGGCAAAAGAAAAUGUGCUGCUCCGUGGAUGUGUAGUUAAGAAUACAGAUUUUGUGGAAGGAAUCGUUCUCUAUGCAGGAUGCGACACCAAGGCCAUGCUAAACAACAAUGGACCACGAUAUAAGAGGAGUACCUUAGAACGCCUCACAAAUCUUGACAUCAUUUGGUGUGUGGUUAUCCUACUUGCACUUUGCAUCGCUGGUGCUGUCCUAUCAGGAGUAUGGAUGCGAAGUUUUUCCAAUCCGUAUGAUGUUCCGUUUUUCACCUGGUCUGAAAUGACCGGCGGUACUGAGUUUCGCCCAUCAUUCGAGAGUUUCUGGAACUUCUGGUCUUUUAUCAUAGUUUUGCAGGUUCUGAUUCCUAUAUCGCUUUAUGUUUCUAUCGAGUUCAUUAAAAUUGGGCAAGUAUGGUUGAUCUCCCAAGAUAUUAAUAUGUACUAUGAAAAACGUGAUAAGCGGGUACAAUGUCGAGCACUGAAUAUCCCUGAAGAACUUGGCCAAGUGCAGUACAUUAUGUCAGACAAGACGGGUACUCUUACUGAAAAUCAGAUGGUGUUCCGUCGAUGUUCACUUAGAGGAAAGGACUUCGGAGGGCAUUCUGUAGCGGCAGCCAUAGACCAGCCAGCAGAUCGUCUCGGAAGACCGCGUCCGUCGAAGGAUAGAGGACUUGAAGCGCUGUUGAGUCGUGCCAUCCGUGAAGCUGACGUCGAUAGCCCUAUUUAUCUGUUUUUUCUUACCAUGGCCAUUUGCAACACUGUUGUUGUUAAUGCAAAACCCCACGAGGAUUUAAUGGAUCCGGAUGGGGAUAUGAUAGAUGCUGCCACUGAAGAGACAGACACUGGCGAACGUUCGACAAUUUCUCCAUUGAGUGUGAAAUUUCUUGAAGAAGUUGAAGAAGAAGUUCAAUCGGUCCCAAGUUUGGAAACACCUCGAGAAAGCAUUGAGCUCAUUCAAUUCAACGAAGAGAGGGAGGACAACUCGGGUAGCGCUACUGCAGAUCACACUCCAAAAGACGAAGAAAUUAAAUACAUAGAUGUGAGAGAAAAGAAUCCCGUGAGAAGCAUUCCUGGUAUUCUGUAUCGUCCAUCGUUGCUCAGCUUUGCGCGACUAAAAGGAAUAAAAGAUCUCAGUCCAUUUCGCAGAUCCGUCGACAAACGCCAAUCGCAGUCUUCCACAGAAACUAUAACCCCUUUACAUUCGUACUACGACUCGGAAUCUCCCGAUGAACUUGCCUUAGUGGAAGCCGCCAGAGAAUACGGAGUGCGUCUAUUGAAGCGACGUUUCGACGAAAUCAUCGUUCAUCUCAGGGCGAGUGGCCAAACUGUGAAGUACAAGCUACUGCACACACUACCGUUCGACUCAGAUCGAAAGCGCAUGUCUGUAGUUGUGCAAGAGUGCUCCGGAAAGAAAAGAGUCAUAUUGUUAACUAAAGGCGCCGAUGCUACAAUUCUGCCAAUUCUUUCGAAUGAGUACGCCACUUCUUUGAUAGGAGAGGAAGAGGUGUUCAAGGCUCAAGAACACUUAUCUGACUACGCAAAAGAAGGUUUGAGAACUCUGUGUUUAGGAAUCAAGUACUGGAAUGACGAAGACUACCAGAAGUGGCGCGCCAUACACGAGGAGGCCGAGUUGGACCCACAUCAUCGCGAAAAUCUGCUCAGAGACAGCACCUUGAAAGCGGAACAGGACGUGGAUUUGCUUGGUGUGACAGCUAUCGAAGAUCGCCUACAAGAAGGCGUUCCUGAAUGCAUUCAUCUACUUCGCGAGGCUGGCAUAUGUGUUUGGGUUCUUACAGGAGACAAGGUCGAAACGGCGGUGAACAUAGCGUUUUCUUCUCGGUUAUUUUCCUCGGCAAUGGAUCUUCUGAACAUUGGCGCAAACGGCGUGAGAUCGGUCUCGGAUCUUCUCGACGAACAUCUCAUACGUGUUGGCCGCGCUGGAGAGAUAACAGAAGAAGCGGCAUUUGGUCUGGUCUUGAAUGCGUCCUGUCUGGAUUAUUGUUUGGAUCCUUAUAACGAGGAGCGUUUCGUUCGGUUACUGAAAAGCUGUCGAAGUGUAUUAUGCUGUCGUGCAACACCUCUCCAGAAAGCGUCUCUUGUAAAACUGGCAAAAACUCAACUCAACGGCAAGGUGCUGGCCAUCGGAGAUGGCGCAAACGAUGUUUCCAUGAUUCAGUGUUCCGACGUUGGUGUUGGUCUUUCGGGGCAAGAGGGAAUGCAAGCAGUGAUGGCGAGUGAUUUCGCCAUGGCUCGAUUUCGCUUCCUCGCGAACCUCUUGUUAAUCCAUGGUCACUGGUGCUAUCAGCGAUUGGCGCAAACAAUUCUUUACUUUUUUUAUAAGAAUGCGAUGUUUGUCUUCACAAUUUUUUGGUACCAGAUUUUCAAUGGUUUCAGUUCUCAGGUGCCAAUUGACCCCAUUUAUUUGAUGGUGUACAACCUACUUUUUACAUCAGUUCCUGCGCUUUUGUACGGUUGUUUGGAGCAAGACGCCUCGGCGGACAUACUACUAGAUGUUCCGCAAUUUUACGACCAAGGAAGAUUAGGAAAGAAGUAUCGAUGGUAUUCAUUCUGGCUGAAUAUGUUGGACGCUGUCUGGCAGAGCGCGGUUGUUUACUGGAUAUGCCACUUUACUUACACUGGUACGGAUUGUGAUAUGUGGACAUUCGGUGUGGUCAUGUGCGCCCAACUGCUCCUUGUCAAUACAUUUCAUCUCGCUCUACUUCUGCAAUAUUGGACAUGGCCUAUGUUCCUGUCAAUGUUCCUGUCGGUUGUUUCGUUUUUCUUCUGUGCCCUUCUGUACAACGGUUUCGUGACAGCCGAUUGGACUUGGACUAAUGUUAAGGAUACUCCAGUCUCUAUCGCGCAAACCGCGAUGAUUGAUCCGAUCUUCUGGCUGGUGCUAGUACUUUCGAUAGUUCUAUGCCUAAUUCCCCGAUUCACGCUGAUGACCAUUGUGAACUCUAUACGACCAUCUCGAGUGCUGAAGCGCCGACAACUAGCAAACGCUGUUGACAAUAAGCCACGCCCUUUCUCUGCCUUUUCUUGCUGCAUGCGGGUACUAUGCAACGACGAAGUACAUGUAAAUAAAUCUGACGAAAUGACCGGUUCGCGACAUUUGCCAGCAUGA